CGCCCGCGGCCCAUUCGCUCGUCAACCGCGGUCGAGAUAACGUGUCUGCGCCACUCAAACAUACGCUCGCGAUAAGUGAAAAUUAUUCUCACAAACAAGCAACAAAUGGCCAACAGUGAAACGUAAACAAGUGAUACAGUGAAGUUUAUUACUUUCUGAGUUUCCCUCGAGCGACUGAACUGCUUGUGGCAGUUUGUGAAGUGCAAGUCGGCCGCUUGAAACCUGGCCCCGACAUGGAGAGUUGCUACUUCGAUAUCUCCAACGACCUAAAGGAUGUCUGGGAUGCGGACAUCGACCCGGAAAUGCAAGACGUUUUAGACGAAGACAGCGAGAUGGGUGAUUGGCUGAUCAGAGACAGGGACUCCAAAUUGGGCGUGGUGCUGCACGAUAGGCUGAUGUCAGAGGCCCUUGGCGGCGCGCCCAUCAAGACAGAACACAGCUACAGCCUACACUCAGACGUCGAAUCAGAGCCACCCUCACCUAAUCACACCAAAGUUGAUGACAUGGAAGAUGAAUGCUACCCUGCUAUUCCAACCAGCGCGUGGCGAAGCAGGCGGCGCUCCAGCGGUUCCCCUCUACCAGAAGUGAAGGCUGAGCCCAAGUCAGAACCAGAAUCACCUGCCUCCAGCUGUCCACCUUCACCAAUUCCUGGCACGCCGGUCACACAUGUCGAUUAUGUCAUUGAUCACACGACGGGGACAAUCCACAUGCCACAAGCCGUGCUACAGAAAGUAGGUGCAGCGGGAGUGCCACAGUUACUGCUAAGCACCGCGCCGCGCAUCGCUAACUCCUUAAAUAAUAAUAAACUCUCCAUCAAAGUCACAUCCUCAGGGUCUUCAGCAGGCUUCAAUCUCCCACCAACGCCGCCAUCUUCCCUGUCUUCAUCAGACAGUGAAGGUGCGUUGUCGCCUGCCCACGAGACGUCACCGCCAACAGCGCCGGCCCCGCCGUCUCGCAGGACCCAUCUCUACGUGUCUCACCACUCUCGGCAACCUAUUAAUACGCCACUUAUAAGUAGCCAACCGAAAGGUUCAACAGGCACUCUUAUGCUAACAGAGGAAGAAAAGCGCACAUUGCUAGCGGAAGGUUACCCUGUACCCACACGCCUACCCCUGACCAAGGCUGAGGAAAAAUCUCUAAAGAAAAUUAGGAGGAAAAUUAAAAAUAAGAUAUCUGCACAAGAAAGCAGACGCAAAAAGAAAGAAUACAUGGACCAAUUAGAAAGGAAAGUGGAGAUACUAUUAUCAGAGAAUACGGACUAUAGGAAGAAAGUAGACAACUUAGAGCAGAAGAAUGCAAGUCUAAUGAGUCAACUGGCCGCUCUUCAGGCUCUUGUGAACCGAGGGGGUAGGAAGUGACGUCACAAAUAACCACUGACGUCAUACAGGACUAAUUCACCGUCUGUACCACUUCAAUACAAAAUUAAUCGAUUGACGUUCCGUCAUAGAUUAUUGAAUGGCAAAAUUAAAUUGUGAAUAUAAACUUAGGUUAGAUGAAUCUUUUCU